CAGAUGCUCUUGGUGCAUCUAGAUGGGGUCUCAAGAGAGCUUAACCACAUUUCAAUAACAGUAAUAUCGGCAUUUGGUGCGAUCAGCGUGUGCGUUGGGAUGUGACGCCGGGUGGACGACAGCAUCGUGCGCGUGAUUAGCUGCAGCUGGGUGUGCUAUGCUAGCCGCCCGCAACGUUCUGCUCCUGUUGGUGGCCGGUUCGUUUCUCGUCUCGUUGGUCCUCGCACUACCACAAGACAAAGACGUAGCGAUUAACAACCCGUGUUUUUUCAACGAGCAAUGUGAGAACCUCGUAUUCCAAACAGAGUGCAGAGAUGAUGUUUGCGCUUGCCGGUUCGAGAGGACUCCUGUGUUUCAAACGGAUGGGACGGUCCAAUGUAUUGCCAAGAACAAUUCCAACUCCGAGCCUUAUACGGAUCCAGCAAUGCUGUGCGUGUUGGCUGGGAUGUGCUUAAUGUUCAUAAUUAUAUGCGUAGUUCUGAGAUUGUUUAGCAAGUAA